AUGGAGUUUUCAACUUUUAAUUGUACAGUUGCUUCAAUACUGUCAAUUAUACCCAAAAUUUCGUCUUUCGCCAAGCUAAAAAAAUUAAAUCUAUCUAAUAAUAAGCUAAUUGAUAUUGAAAAUAUUAAACAAGACUUUGAAUUGAUUAGUUUAAAUUUGGCUAACAAUUCUAUUUUUGAAAUUGAACCUUUAUUAAAAUUAAAAACGUUACAAAAAUUGAAUUUGCACAGCAGUUUAACCUCAUUUAUCAAUAUUAAUGUUAUUGGUGCAUUACCUGGACUAAAAGAAUUGGUUUUAAGUUCCAAUAAUCUUGAAUGUAUUCCAAAUUUGAAAGAGUUGGUCAACCUAUCUAAAUUAAACAUAAAAUGUAAUAGAAUUGAAAGUAUUAAAUUUUUAGCUUCAUUGAAACACUUAAAAUAUCUAGAUUUUUCAUACAAUCAAGUAGAAAAUGUUGACUGUUUGAAAGAGUUGAAUAAUAAUUUAAUUUAUUUAAAUGCUAGCUUUAACCGAAUCAACAAAAUUAAUAUGGAACUUCAAACUUUAAUUAUUUCUGGAAAUAAAAUUGAUGAUAUUGGUAGUUUAACUUUAUUAAAAUCUUUAACUUUCUUGGACAUGAGUUUUAUAGGGAUUCAAAGGCUACCAAAUGAUUUUGAUGCAUUAGAAAAUCUUGAGACUUUAAAUAUAUGUAGAAACAAAAUUCAUGUUCCAGAAAAUGUUGUAAGACUUGAUUUUUCAUUCAAUAAAAUUGAAAAGUUUUGUUUUGAAGAUAUAUCAGAAAUUAAAUUAUUAAAAUAUCUUGGAUUGAGUCAUAAUAGAUUAACAAGCUUGAAACAUUUUUUAAUUCCAAAUACCCUUCAAUAG